UCCUUUAGCUUUAAACCAAAGUGACCAAAAAAAUCACUCUCUCUUGUUUCCACAAUGAGGCUCACUAGAGCUCCUCUCACUCUACCAUUUUUUUGUACUCUCCUCAUUUUCAUUAUUAACGUCUCUGGUCGCGCGCCUUUUGCGUGCGACCCAAGAGACGUUAAGGUAAAGCACUUACCCUUUUGUCGAAGUUCGUUGAGAACUUCGGAAAGGGUGAGUGAUUUAAUCGGACGGCUGACAUUGAAGGAGAAGAUAGGGUUGUUGGUUGACAAUGCGGCGGCUGUGCCGCGGCUGGGUAUUAAAGGCUAUGCAUGGUGGUCGGAAGCGUUACAUGGAGUGUCCAAUGUGGGACCGGGGACUAGGUUUGGUGGUGAGUUUCCGGCUGCUACUAGCUUUCCGCAGGUUAUUACGACGGCAGCUUCUUUUAACUCGACGUUGUGGGAGGAGAUCGGACGGGUGGUGUCAGAUGAGGCAAGAGCCAUGUACAAUGGAGGCAUGGGGGGACUGACUUAUUGGAGCCCGAAUGUGAAUAUAUUGAGGGACCCUCGGUGGGGCCGUGGACAGGAGACUCCCGGUGAGGAUCCUGUGGUGGCCGGUAAGUACGCCGCCAGCUACGUGAGAGGUUUACAGGGAAAUGAUGGCGGUGACCGGCUGAAAGUGGCGGCUUGUUGCAAGCAUUACACUGCCUAUGAUCUUGAUAAUUGGAGUGGUGUUGAUCGCUUUCAUUUUAAUGCCAAGGUUAGCAAGCAAGAAAUGGCUGAUACUUUUGACGUACCGUUUAGAUCAUGUGUGCUUGAAGGCAAAGUGGCGAGUGUUAUGUGCUCAUACAAUCAGGUUAACGGCAUUCCCACCUGUGCUGAUCCUAAGCUCCUGAAGGACACCAUUCGUGGCGAUUGGCGCCUCAAUGGCUACAUUGUCUCUGACUGUGAUUCUGUGGGAGUCUUUUACGAUAGUCAGCAUUAUACCUCCACGCCUGAAGAAGCUGCCGCUGAUGCUAUAAAAGCUGGUUUGGAUUUGGAUUGUGGACCUUUUCUUGGGGUGCACACAGAGGGUGCCAUAGCCAAGGGGAUUCUGAAAGAAACGGAGAUUAAUGGGGCCUUGUUUAAUACGCUUAGUGUCCAGAUGAGACUGGGCAUGUUUGAUGGAGAACCGUCAGCACAUCCAUUCGGUCAUCUAGGCCCGAGAGAUGUUUGCACACCAGCCCAUCAGGAGCUUGCUGUUGAAGCUGCUAGACAAGGCAUUGUUCUUCUGAAAAACCGAGGUCCAUCAUUGCCUCUCUCUCCCCGUCGCCACCAUACAGUUGCUGUGAUUGGCCCAAAUUCCGACGUUACAGUUACUAUGAUUGGUAAUUAUGCUGGUGUUGCAUGUGGUUAUACAUCUCCUUUACAAGGAAUUGGGAGAUACACAAGGACAAUUCACCAACAGGGUUGCAAGGAUGUGGCUUGCACAAGUGAUAAACUCUUCGGUGGAGCCGUUGAUGCUGCCCGUAAUGCAGAUGCAACCGUACUAGUUAUGGGCCUGGAUCAGUCUAUUGAAGCAGAGUUCAGAGACAGGACAGGACUCCUCCUACCUGGACACCAGCAAGAGUUAGUAUCCAAGGUAGCUGCAGCCUCCAAGGGUCCGACAAUUUUGGUAUUACUGUCUGGUGGCCCUGUUGAUAUUUCAUUCGCGAAGAAGGAUCCACGAAUUGGUGGCAUUCUUUGGGUUGGUUAUCCAGGUCAAGCUGGAGGAACUGCCAUUGCUGAUAUCUUGUUUGGCAGUCAUAAUCCAGGAGGGAAGCUACCAAUGACAUGGUAUCCACAAGAUUAUCUUUCCAAGGUACCUAUGACAACAAUGGACAUGAGAUCAAGCCGAUCCAAGAAGUAUCCAGGUCGAACAUAUCGGUUUUACAAUGGCCCUGUUGUGUAUCCAUUUGGCCAUGGACUGAGCUACUCACAAUUCGUUCAUACCAUCACCAAUGCUCCAACUAUACUCUCAAUUCCCCUCCACGGUCGCCACCAUGCCUCGGCCAACACAACCUUAUUCGGAAAAUCAAUCAGAGUUACACAUGCCAAGUGCAACAAACUCUCCAUCAGUGUACAUGUUGACAUCAAGAAUGUGGGUUCCAAAGAUGGUUCUCACACACUGCUGGUCUUUUCAAGGCCACCAGCCGGCCACUGGGGACCUCAUAAACAACUAGUGGCCUUCGCCAAGGUACACGUUGCAGCUCGGACUCAACAUCGUGUACCAAUCAAAAUUCAUGUAUGUAAAUACUUAAGUAUCGUCGAUAGAUCAGGAAUUCGAAGGAUUCCUAUGGGUGAUCACAGCCUUCACAUUGGUGAUACCAUACAUUCUGUCUCACUUCAAGCAGAAACUCUUGGAGUGAUCAAGUCUUGAUCUUUAAGUUUUCAUGGGACACAAAAACAAAAAUUGCCUUGAUUUUUGUAGGAAGACAUAUUUGCCCAUGUACCAUUCUUUUAAGUGACAUGUGUAUCCUCUUCCUCCCAGUAGUAACAAUUAUGUCUAAAUUUUGUCACAUGGUUUUCUCGUUAAUAAACCAUUGUAUUGUUAAGACUCCA